AUGACAAGCGGUGUUAUAGAACAGCUGGCCUCGAUUGCGGCCGGCGGCAUGUCGUUGGAGGAAGCGCGUAAAAUGAGGGAGGCGCAAACUCAACGCCUUGGGGCCAAGAUCGAACGUCGAAAGGCACAGGUCAAGGAGACCAUGAAGGCCCUGAGAGAACACAAAAAUGCACUUGCUACACGUCUACAGAAGCGUCAAUCUGAAAUAGUGGAGCUGAAGAACGAGCACGAUGUGGUAAUGGCUGACUACAAGAUGGAAUGCCGCAAGCUGGCCGAACAGGAUUCCAAAGACCUACACGAGUUCUACCUAUGGGCGAAGGACGAGAUCGCUAACUGCGCGCAAUCUGCGCUAGAAAGUGCUCCAGUGGAGGUCAAUACAGCUAUCAUGAAGGCACUCAACGUUAUAUUAAAAAACUGCUAG